AUGCACCUUCAAAGAGUGGCGGACAAGAUUAUGUGCAGAGCCUUCCCCGCCAUGCUAAUGAGACCCAUAAGGAUCUGGUUCAACAGGUUGACGCCCAACUCUAUUAGUACCUUCAAGGAGUUAAGCACCCAAUUCGCCUUACACUUCAUCAGGGGACACAAGUAUAAGAAGUCCACUGCAUGCCUAAUGAAUAUUAGGCAACUAGAGGACAAGAUGCUGAGAUCUUACAUAACUUGCUUAAACAAGGAGGCCUUUUCAAUCGACGAAGCUGACGACAAGAUACUCGUGGCUGCAUUCAUGAAUGGGUUGUGGAAGGGUAAGUUCCUAUUUUCUCUAUAUAAGAACGACCCAAAGUCUAUGUCAGAUAUGCUUUACAGGACGACCAAGUACAUGAACGCAGAAGACGCACUACUAGCCCAAGAAAAAAAGCCCAAGAAAAGGAAAAGACAGGAUGACAUACGACAGGAUAGGGGGUGGAAGAUGGCUUGGACCAAAGAACGGCAGGAGGACAAGCACUUUAAGCCCCUUACAGGGAAGUGCAAGAGCUUCACCUCGCUGACUGCUCCAAUCGACCAGGUCUUGAUGCAAAUUAAGGAUGAAAAAGCCCUGACCUUUCCUAGCAAGCUAAAGGGAGAUCCUAAUAAGAGGUCUAGAGAUAAGUAUUGCCACUUCCAUCAUGAUUACGGUUAUGACACAGCUGACUGCUACGACUUGAAACAAUAA